AGUGGAGACACUGCAGGGGGACUAAGGGACCUUUUACUGCACGUCCGCACCAUCGCUGGGGUUUCUGUUUUAUUUACUGGAAGGGAGGGGGGACCAAAACCCAAAUGGUCUCCCCAUGUCCCCCACACCUCAUUUCCCCCUUUUCUCUCAGUAAGGAUCUGCUUUCCUUCACCCUGAUGAGAGCCACUUGCCUCCUCAGACUCUGACAAGACUCCAGGAAACCAAGAUGGAUUACAGUUCCUUCAGUGGAGCCCCAAGGUUCCUGACUCGGCCUAAGGCCUUCAUGGUGUCGGUGGGGAAGGAUGUCACCCUGAGCUGCCAGAUUGUGGGAAACCCCAUCCCACUGGUGAGCUGGGAAAAGGAUAAGCUUCCGAUCCAGUCAGGGGGAAGGUUUAAAAUGGUGGAAGAUGGUGAUCUGUACCGGCUAACAAUUUAUGACCUGAGCUUAGAGGACAGUGGUCAGUAUAUCUGCAGGGCCAAGAACACCAUUGGGGAAGCUUUCACUGCUGUCAGUAUCAAAGUUGGGGAGGAGACGACGGUGACAGAAUCGGCCCCUUACUUCAUCCAGAAACCCUCCUCCAUCAGAGUGACCCUGGGAGACGAUGUUACGUUCAAAUGUAAAGUCCAGGGCAGCCCACCUCUCUCUGUGAACUGGGAGAAAGAUGGAAGGCACAUAAGGGAAUGGUGUGACUCCAGCCGCUUCCAGAUUGAGUCCCUUGGGGAGUCAAAUGCUCUCAAGAUCCAGUGCGCUCAGUUGGGGGACUGUGGGACAUACAUGUGUCGAGCGGAGAACCCCCUUGGCUCUGCCAGUGCUACUGCCACCCUGGUGGUGAACACACAUGGUUCUUACAGUCCAAGCAGCAGCCAUCUAGACACAGGCUAUGGCAAGACUGCCUCCUUGCUCUCUCAUUUGCAAAAGAGGCGUGAGGAAAUCAGGAAGAUGGACACAUCCAUAGUCGCAGCCGCUGAUUGCAUGGCUGCCCCGAAGUACUCCACUGCAGAGGGACUGUCUGGUAUUGGUCUCAGCCUUUCUCUGGAUUACGAGAGGGCUGCCAGCCUCACCACCAAAUCAGCUCGCAACGCCACCUUCGGGGUGCUGACACGUACCUUCAAUGUGACGGAGGGGAAGCACGCCAAGCUGAGCUGUUAUGUGACAGGAGAGCCCAAGCCGGAGAUCGUGUGGAAGAAGGAUGGCGAGGUAAUUAUAGAGGGGCGCCGGCACAUUGUGUACGAGGAUGAACAGGAAAACUUCGUGCUGAAGAUCCUUUUCUGCAAGCAGGUCGAUAACGGGCUUUACACCUGCACAGCCUCCAACCUGGUAGGACAGACCUACAGCUCUGUGCUGGUGACUGUCAGAGAGCCCACAGUACCGUUCAAGACAAAACUGAAGGAUGUUGAAGUUCAGGAGAAAGAAUCUGCCACCUUCCAGUGUGAGGUGCCCGUCCCUAGCACUGAAACUGCCUGGUUCAAGGAGGAGACCAAACUCCAGCAGAGCAAGAAGUACAACAUUGAAGAAGAGGGAACGUACCGCCGGCUCACCGUCCAGAACGUCACCACGGACGAUGAUGCCGUUUACAUCUGUGAAAUGAAGGAGGGGAGCAGGACCAUCGCGGAACUGACUGUCCAGGGGAACAUCAUUAAAAAACUGCCACGGAAGACUGCAGUCUCCAUAAAUGAUACAGCCAUAUUCUGCGUGGAGCUGGACAAUGAGUGCCAGAACAUCUGCUGGCUGAAGAAUUUGGAAGAAGUGAAGCCCAAUGACCGAAUCACCAUCACCUCAUCUGGCAAGCAACAUACGCUGAUUAUCCGGGAGUGCAAGAUAGAAGACGCUGGGGAGAUUGCAUUCCUGGCUGAUGAGUGCAGAACUUCUACUCAGUUCACUGUGUCCACUCCAAGAAAACCCCCCUCUCAUCCCCCAUCCGACCCCGUGGUGAAAAAUAAAACAGAAACCUCAGUGACGCUUGCCUGGUCCCCUCCCAAAAUGAAGCAACUCAUUCUCAUCGACGGCUACGUGGUGGAACGUAAGAAACUGACUGGCUUUACCUGGAUGAGAUGCCACCAGUCUCACAUCCCCAUCACAGAGUUCACAGUGAGCGAUCUGGCAGAAGAGGCAGACUACCAGUUUCGGGUGUCUGCAGUCAACAGCUAUGGGCAGAGCUCUUACCUAGAGUUCCCAGGAACCCUGCAUCUUGAACCAGCAUUGGCAGUGAAAACUCCCCUGGCAGAUGUUGAAGCUAUUGCAGGAGGUGAUGCUACCUUUAUUGUUGACCUCACGACUGAUUGUUCUGGCACCUGGUACCUUAAUGGCAAAGCCAUACAAAGCAGUGAAAUAUACAUCAUUCGGAGAACCAAAACUACCCACCUCCUCACCAUAAAAAACGUCACGAAGAAUGACGAUGGAGCAGAGGUGAAAUUUGUCGCCAAGAACGUUGAAACCAGUACCAAGAUGAAAGUAAAAGCUGCUGCAGUAAGAAUCACCAACAAGAGUGGAGAUAUAGAAAAGGUCUCUGCUCGGCUGCGUGAGGAGGCACAGCUUUGGGCGGAGCUUUCAGACGCGGCUGCUGCCGUGAAGUGGAUGAAGAAUGGGAAGGAAAUCCAGGCCAGUCCAAAAUACGAAUUGAAAACAGCAGAGAAGAAACGCAUCCUGAAAAUUCACAGCCUCACAGAAGAGGAUGCUGGCAUUUAUGAAUGUGUCUGUGAAGGGGAUGAAAUAGUCUAUCAGCUCUCAGUGAAAGCACUCGUGCACUUCACAAACAAAGAGAAAGCUGGCGGUGUUCUCAUCGCCACCUCUGGAAAACAGGCUGAGUUUGUUUCUGAGACCUCUGAAGCCAACGUCAUGGUGCAGUGGUUCAAAGAUGGCAAAGAAAUCAGACGCACAAAGAAAUUCACUCUGGAGGAUAAUGGAAAGCUGCACAAGCUCAUCGCCUCAGCUGUAACGAAGGAAGAUGAGGGAACGUACAUGUGCAAAGUUGGAGAGGACACUCUAGUUUUCAAUUUAAAGGUCUCAGAUGAAGUUGUUAAGUUUGUCAACAAGCCUAAAGCAACACCAGAAAUUUCAAUCAGUCCUUCUGAGGGUCUAGAGCUGGUGUGUGAGGUAUCGGUGGCGAGUGGAGCUGUUGUGUGGAAGAAGGAUCAAACUGAAGUUAAGCAGGACCAGAGAACGACAGUGACCUCUCAGGGAACAGACCGAAAGCUCAUCAUCAAGAAUGUGACACAGCAUGACCAAGGGAGCUACACCUGUGAAUCAAAGGAUGACAAAGUAACAUUCCAAGUCAAAGUCAAAGAGAUGGAAGAGGUGUUUGCAAACAAGGAGAAGGUGCAGAAGGAGGUGAAGGCCAUUCUGACAGAGAGUGCCACCCUCAGCUGUGAGGUAACUCAGGCCAAGACUGAAGUGAGGUGGUACAAGGACGGGAAACUCAUCACCUCCAGCAAGAAAUUCAAAGUGGAGUCUGAGAGCAAAUCCCGGCGGCUGGUCGUGGAUCAGGUGGAGAAGAAGGAUGCUGGAGAGUACACCUGUGAGGCCGCAGGCCAGAAACUGACCUUCAAAGUUCUUGUCACUGAGCCUGAAGAGGUGUUUGCAAACCAGGAGAAGGUGCAGAAAGAGGUCAAGGCCACCCUGACAGAGAGCGCCACCUUGAGCUGUGAGGUAGCCCAGGCCAAGACUGAAGUGAAAUGGUACAAGGAUGGGAAACUGAUCACCUCCAGCAAGAAAUUCAAAGUGGUGUCUGAGGUCAAAUCCCGGCUUUUGGUCGUGGAGCAGGUGGAGAAGAAUGAUGCUGGAGAGUACACCUGUGAGGCUGCAGGCCAGAAACUGACCUUCAAGAUUAUCAUCACAGAGAGAGAGGAUGUGUUUGCAAACCAGGAGAAGGUGCAGAAGGAGGUGAAGGCCUCCCUGACAGAGAGCGCCACCCUCAGCUGUGAGGUGGCCCAGGCCAAGACUGAAGUGAAAUGGUACAAAGAUGGGAAACUGAUCACCUCCAGCAAGAAAUUCAAGGUGGAGUCUGAGGGCAAAUCCCGGCGUCUGGUCAUGGAGCAGGUGGAGAAGAAAGAUGCUGGAGAGUACACCUGUGAGGCCGCAGGCCAGAAACUGACCUUCAAGGUUCUUGUCACUGAGAUGGAAGAGGUGUUUGAAAACAAGGAGAAGGUGCAGAAGGAGGUGAAGGCUGCCCUGACAGAGAGUGCCACCCUGAGCUGUGAGGUGACCCAGGCCAAGACUGAAGUGAAAUGGUACAAGGACGGGAAUCUGAUCACCUCCAGCAAGAAACUCAAAGUGGAGUCUGAGGGCAAAUCCCGGCAUCUGGUCGUGGAUCAGGUGGAGAAGAAGGACGCUGGAGAGUACACCUGUGAGGCCGCAGGCCAAAAACUGACCUUCAAGGUUCUUGUCACUGAGACAGAAGAGGUGUUUGCAAACAAGGAGAAGGUGCAGAAGGAGAUCAAGGCCGCCCUGACAGAGAGUGCUACCCUCAGCUGUGAGGUGACCCAGGCCAAGACUGAAGUGAAAUGGUACAAAGAUGGGAAACCGAUCACGUCCAGCAAGAAACUCAAAGUGGAAUCUGAAGGCAAAUCCCGGCGUCUGGUCGUGGGUCAGGUGGAGAAGAAAGACGCUGGAGAGUACACCUGUGAGGCCACAGGCCAGAAACUGACCUUCAAGGUUCUUGUCACUGAGAGAGAGGAUGUGUUUUCAAACCAGGAGAAGGUGCAGAAGGAGAUGAAAGCCACCCUGACAGAGAACACCACCCUGAGCUGUGAGGUGACCCAGGCCAAGACUGAAGUGAAGUGGUACAAGGAUGGGAAACUGAUCACCUCCAGCAAGAAAUUCAAAGUGGAGUCUGAGGGCAAAUCCCGGCACCUGGUCGUGGAUCAGGUGGAGAAGAAGGAUGCUGGAGAGUACACCUGUGAGGCCGCAGGCCAGAAACUGAUCUUCAAAGUUCUUGUCACUGAGAUGGAAGAGGUGUUUGCAAACAAGGAGAAGGUGCAGAAGGAGGUGAAGGCCACCCUGACAAAGAGCGCCACCCUGAGCUGUGAGGUGACCCAGGCCAAGACUGAAGUGAAAUGGUACAAGGAUGGGAAACUGAUCACCUCCAACAAGAAAUUCAAAGUGGAGUCUGAGGGCAAAUCCCGGCAUCUGGUCGUGGGUCAGGUGGAGAAGAAGGACGCUGGAGAGUACACCUGUGAGGCUGCAGGCCAGAAACUGAUCUUCAAGAUUGUUGUUACAGAGAUGGAAGAGGUGUUUUCAAACAAGGAGAAGGUGCAGAAGGAGGUCAAGGCCACCCUGACAGAGAGCGCCACCCUCAGCUGUGAGGUGACCCAGGCCAAGACUGAAGUGAAAUGGUACAAGGACGGGAAACUGAUCACCUCCAACAAGAAAUUCAAAGUGGAGUCUGAGGGCAAAUCCCGGCAUUUGGUCGUGGAUCAGGUGGAGAAGAAGGAUGCUGGAGAGUACACCUGUGAGGCCGCAGGCCAGAAACUGACCUUCAAGGUUUUUGUCACUGAACCUGAAGAAGUGUUUGCAAACAAGGCGAAAGUGCAGAAGGAAGUGAAAGCCGUCCUGACAGAGAGCGCCACCCUGAGCUGUGAGGUGGCCCAGGAAAAGUCUGAAGUUAAAUGGUACAAGGACGGGAAACUGAUCACCUCCAGCAAGAAAUUCAAAGUGGAGUCUGAGGGCAAAUCCCGGCGUUUGGUCGUGGAUCAGGUGGAGAAGAAGGACGCUGGAGAGUACACUUGUGAGGCCACAGGCCAGAAACUGACCUUUAAAAUUAUCAUCACAGAGCCUGAAGAGGUGUUUGCAAACCAGGAGAAGGUGCAGAAGGAGGUGAAGGCUGCCCUGACAGAGAGCGCCACCCUGAGCUGUGAGGUGACCCAGGCCAAGACUGACGUGAAAUGGUACAAAGAUGGGAAACUGAUCACCUCCAGCAACAAAUUCAAGGUGGAGUCUGAGGGUAAAUCCCGGCGUCUGGUCUUGGAGCAGGUGGAGAAGAAAGACUCUGGAGAGUACACCUGUGAGGCUGCAGGCCAGAAACUGACUUUCAAAGUUCUUGUCACUGAGGCAGAAGAGGUGUUUACAAACCAGGAGAAGGUGCAGAAGGAGGUCAAGGCCAUCCUGACAGAGAGCGCCACCCUGAGCUGUGAGGUGGCCCAGGCCAAGACUGAAGUGAAAUGGUACAAGGACGGGAAACUGAUCACCUCCAGCAAAAAACUCAAAGUGGAGUCUGAGGGCAAAUCCCGGCAUCUGGUCUUGGAGCAGGUGGAGAAGAAAGAUGCUGGAGAGUACACCUGUGAGGCUGCAGGCCAGAAACUGACCUUCAAAGUUAUUGUCACAGAACCUGAAGUUGUGUUUGCAAACAAGGAGAAGGUGCAGAAGGAGGUGAAGGCCGCCCUGACAGACAGCGCCACCCUAAGCUGUGAGGUGACCCAGGCCGAGACUGAUGUGAAAUGGUACAAAGAUGGGAAACUGAUCACCUCCAGCAAGAAAUUCAAAGUGGUGUCUGAGGACAAAUCCCGGCGUUUGGUCGUGGAGCAGGUGGAGAAGAAGGAUGCUGGAGAGUACACCUGUGAGGCCGCAGGGCAGAAAAUGACCUUCAAGGUUAUCAUCACAGAGCCAGAAAUCAUAUUUGCAAACCAGGAGAAGGUGCAGAAGGAGGUGAAGGCUGUGCUGACAGAGAGCGCCACCCUCUCCUGCGAAGUGGCCCAGGCCAAAACUGAAGUGAAAUGGUACAAGGAUGGGAAACUGAUCACCUCCAGCAAGAAAUUCAAAGUGGAGUCUGAGGGCAAAUCCCGGCGUCUGGUUGUGGAGCAGGUGGAGAAGAAGGAUGGUGGAGAGUACACCUGUGAGGCCGCAGGCCAGAAACUGACCUUCAAGUUUAAUGUCACAGAGCCAGAAUCUGCAUUUGUAAACGAGGAGAAGGUGCAGAAGGAGGUGAAGGCUAUGCUGACAGAGAGCGCCAUCUUGUCCUGCGAAGUGGCCCAGGCCAAGACUGAAGUGAAAUGGCACAAGGACGGCAAACUUAUAACCCCCAGCAAGAAACUCAGAGUAGAGUCCGAGGGUAAAUCCCGGCGUCUGGUCCUGGAGCAGAUGGAGAAGGAGGAUGCUGGAGAGUACACCUGUGAGGCCGCAGGCCAAAAACUGACCUUCAAGAUUGAAGCAGUAGAACCGGAGGCAAAAUUCCAAAAGAAACUUGUCCAGGAAGAACCAAUCAUUGUUCAGGAACAUGAGAGCAUCACACUGGCCACUUCGGUAACACCUGAAACGGCCGUAGUCAAGUGGUUCAAAGAUGGAACCGAGAUCAAGGGAAGCAAAAAGUAUGAGAUUAAGUCUGAUGGAGCCUCCAGGACUCUGACCGUGAAGCUGGUUGAGGGCAAAGACAGCGCUGUGUACACCUGCAAGACAAAGAAUGACAAGCAGGAGUUCAAAGUGCAAGUGAGAGAAAUCCCUGUGAAGUUUGCAAAGAAAUUAGAAGAGGUCAGUGCUGAGAUCGGAGGAACCAUCUCUCUGACCUGUGAGCUGAGCCAGGUUAAGGGGAAUGUGCUGUGGUACAAGGACGGAGUUGAGGUCAAACCCAGCAAGCGCUUCCAGAUUCGUGAGGAUGGUGUCAAGCGGAUCCUGACCAUAAUAGGACUCCGGGCCGAAGACAAGGGAGAGUACUCCUGUGAAUCACGGGACGACAAAAGCAGCAUUCAGGUCACCCCCAGAGCUCCUAGAGUGGUGAAAUUCACUACAGGCCUUCACAACAUGGUGUCUGAAGAAGGAAAAGAGGCCACAUUCAAAUGCACCGUCUCCCCCAAUGAUGCUGCGGUUACAUGGCACAGAAACGGUGUCAAAAUUGAAGCCAGUAAGAAACAUGUGAUCUCUCAGAAGGACACCAGUCACAGCCUCACCAUCACUGACCUGACUCUGGAGGAUGCAGCAGAAAUCUCAGCCAAUGCAGAGGGUGUGGAAAGCAAAGCCACCCUCACAGUCCGAGAGGCGCCGGUGACGUUCAAGAAGAAACUGGAGCCCAAAACGGUUGAGGAGAGGGACACGGUGGUCCUGGAGGUAGAGCUGAGCAAGCCUUCCGUGGAGGUGAAAUGGAUGAGGAACAGCAUCAUGCUGAAGUCCAGUGACAACAUUGAGAUCAAGGCCGAAGGGACGAAACACAGCUUGAUGAUUAAAAACAUCACCUUUGCUGAUCGGGGCUUCUAUUGCUGUGAGACUCUCGAAGAGAAGACCCAGGCUAAGCUGAAUGUGCAAAUGAGGCAGAUCAAACUGGUGAAAGGCCUGCAGCCGCUGGAAGCCCGUGAAAAGGGGACUGUCACCUUCGAGCUGGAGCUGUCUCAUGAGGAUGUGGAAGGAAGCUGGAUGAAGGACAGUCUGAAACUGAAACCAGGGGAGAACUGCCACAUUAGCAUCCUGGGAAAGAAACAUUCACUGACACUUUCGUCCCUGAAGCUAGAAGACUCAGGCCUUAUCUCCUUCAAGACAGAAGGCAUCCAUUCUUCAGGGAGGCUUAUAGUAACAGAGUUGCCUGUGAAAAUAAACAAGGCUUUGGUCGACAUCAAAGCUCCUGAGAAGUCUAAAGUGACGUUUGAGUGUGAGCUCUCCAGACCUAAUGUGGAGGUCAAGUGGUUUAAGAAUGGAUCUGAGCUCCGGCCAAGUAAAAAAGUGGCAAUUAUUUCCCAGGAAAUUAAGAGAAGCCUCAUUAUUCACAAGUGUGACUAUGAUGACCAAGGAACCUAUGUAUGCGAUGCAGCUGAUGACAAGAGUUCCGCUACCCUUAUGGUCCAUGCUCGAGAUAUCAAGAUUAUUAAACCACUGGAAGAUGUGGAAGUGAAUGAAAAGGAGAGUGCAUCUUUCACCUGUGAGAUCUCACAUGAUGAAGUCCAAACCCAGUGGUACAAAAAUGACAACAAACUGAGGGCUGGAGACAACAUCAAGAUGCGUCAAGAAGGAAAGACCUAUGCAUUAGUUUACAAAAGUGUCCAUGUGGAAGAUGCUGCAGAGAUCAAAUUUGUAGCAGAAAAGGCAGAAUCUCGAGCGCAACUUAGAGUUAAAGAACUACCUGUAAAAUUUGUGAAGCAUCUGCGGGAUAAGAUUGCUAUUGAGAAGCACCGGGGUGUUCUGGAAUGCCAGGUGUCUCGCCCUACUGCCAAAGUUAAGUGGUAUAAGAAGAAUGUUGAGAUUCUUCCCAGCCAGAAAUAUGAGCUGGUGAGUGACAGUGUCUAUAGGAAACUCAUCAUCAACGAUGCCGAGUUUGAGGAUGAGGACAUUUACACAUGUGAUGCUAUUGAUGACACAAGCAGUGCUCAUUUCUAUGUUGAAGAGCAAUCCAUUAAUAUUGUAAAGGAGUUAACUGAUGUGGAUGUGACAGAGCCCGCAGAAGCCAAGUUUCAAUGCGAGAUCUCCAUUCCAUCUGUGAAGCCCCCGAAAUGGUCUCUGGGUGGAGAGGUCUUACAGACUGGCAGAAACGUUACUAUAGAGGAAGAAGGCACCAUCCAUCGGCUGAUUCUGUGGAAGACCAAUUCUGACAUGACAGGCACCAUUCAGUUUGCAAUUGGCAAAUCAAAAUCCACGGCAAACCUGCUUGUAAGAGAUAUGAACGUGCAGAUUACCAGAAAGUUGGAGGAUAAGACUGCCUUGGAACGCCAUUCAGUCGUGCUGUCCUGUGAUUUUAGGCCUUCUCCAAAGGUUGUAGCGUGGUUCAAGGGCCACACUCUCAUUGAGCCCUCAGAAAAAUACAAACCCAAGUGGGAGAAGCAUACAGCAGAACUCAAAAUUCUGAAACUGACACCUGAAGAUUCUGGCACGUACAUGUGCCGAGCAGGAAAUGCAGAAACCAAAGCCACACUGACAGUGGAAGAUCGCAUCAGAGGACAAGAGCGGGGCUCGGAUUACGAGCAGAUCAAUUCCCCUACAAAAAGAGGAACGCCUGGCCUACCAUUCCAUGAAGGCAUUGGUCCAGACCAAAGGCGGCACAGAUACAAGUUAUCAAUGAUUGUGCGGCGAUGA